AUGGCAGCCCGCUUUUACGUGGGCCACUGCUGUGGCCAACGUUCAGAAAGGGUCGUAUGGAUCCAAUCAUUAUUGACAGUUCUGGUGCGACAAUCCAGGGCUGAUCUAGUGAUUCCUGGCACACGGCAGGCGCUGACGCAGCCACCAUCGACGCUGCCCAAACGAGACCUUGCAGAUCCGUCUCAAAACUCCGCAUAA